AUGGAUAUGUCAACUGAGACGGCGGAGAUCAGCACUCUCCGGCAACCGUUAGUGGAUCAGACGAACUCUGAGCGAAAACCACCGAGAGACAACGGAUCACUCGAGAGCGUCUUAACGGACAGUAGCCUUCCGUCCCGGAGGCGCUUGUACUUAGGUGCGUGCAUAGAGAUGAAACUUCUUUUCCGGUUGGCGCUUCCGGCUAUAUUUGUCUAUUUGCUGAACAGCGGCAUGAAUAUAUCGACCCGUAUCUUUGCCGGACAUCUCGGCAGUCAGGAACUCGCCGCCGCGUCCAUCGGAAACAGCUGCUUCAAUCUUGUAUAUGGCCUAAUGUUAGGUAUGGGAAGUGCAGUCGAGACACUAUGUGGGCAAGCGUAUGGAGCCCACCGAUACGAGAUGCUUGGGAUUUAUCUCCAGAGAGCAACGAUCGUCCUCGCUCUGGUUGGCUUGCCCAUGACAGUAUUGUACACUUUCUCGUACCCGAUUCUAAUCCUAUUAGGAGAGCCCGAAACGGUGUCGCACAUGGCAUCUCUUUACAUCGGCGGACUAAUUCCUCAGAUAUUCGCCUUCGCCAUCAAUUUCACGGCUCAAAAAUUCCUCCAAGCCCAAAGCGUGGUGACCCCCAGCGCCUACAUUUCAGGCGCCGCCCUCCUCCUCCAGAUUUUGCUGACGUGGACCAUCAUUAAUGUAAUGGGUCUUGGUCUUAUGGGCAUUGCCUAUGUUCUUACUAUCUCUUGGGGGUUCAUAGUUAUGUCCCAGACUUUGUAUAUUAUAACAAGUCCGACGUUCAGACACACGUGGACUGGUCUUAGCUGGAGAUCGCUUCAUGGUCUUUGGAGCUUUUUUAAACUCUCAGCUGGUUCCGCUGUUAUGAUCUGUCUGGAAAUGUGGUAUUCGCAGAUUCUGGUUCUUCUUACUGGUUUACUAGACGAUCAUGCUCUCUCUCUAGAUUCUCUUUCCAUCUGUAUGUCAAUUUCAGCAAUAUCUUUCAUGGUCUCUGUUGGUUUCAAUGCGGCUGUAAGUGUAAGAACAAGUAAUGAACUUGGAGCAGAACAUCCAAAAUCAGCGAUGUUCUCUUCAUGGAUGGCUACUUUUGUUUCCUUUGUGAUCUCCCUCGUUGAGGCCCUUGCCCUUAUGGCGUCGCGUGACUACGUCGGCUACAUAUUCAUUUCAGACUCUAAGGUGGCUGAGGCCGUCUCUGAGCUAUGUCCCUUUCUAGCUAUUACUAUCCUUCUCAACGGAAUCCAGCCUGUCUUGUCCGGAGUGGCAGUGGGAUGUGGAUGGCAGACAUUCGUGGCAUAUGUGAAUAUUGGUUGUUACUAUGUUGUUGGUAUUCCUGUUGGCUGUGUUCUCGGAUUCGUUUUCAAUAUGCAAGCCAAGGGAAUAUGGACCGGAAUGAUUGGAGGUACCCUCAUGCAAACCCUUAUCUUACUUUACGUCACGUAUCGAACGGAUUGGGAUACAGAGGUUAAAAAGGCGAGAACGCGUUUGGAUAUAUGGGAAGACAAGAAGGAUCCAUUACUAAACUAA